AUAUCAGAGGUACUCAUGGUUGUUGUUCGGGUUUUGUUUAGUGGCUUGAAAUCUCGCGGACUGGGCUGCUUAGAGUUUGUUCGUUUUGUUUCAAAGGAAGAUUGCUGUGUCGCUAAUGGCUUUUCGUCUCUUAGGAAUUUUACCCCCUUUUUUUUUUACGAAGAGGUCAAGCGAGCUCUGCUGCUUAGGGUUUGUUUGGUUUCAACGGAGAUUGCUCUGCACUAUGGCUUUCCACCUCGGAGGAAAACAAUUGGCUGCUGGUAGGGUUUUGCUCGGAGCACCAAGAACACAAAUGAGGGGUUACUGCCAGCAAUUUUCUUCCGGUCAGGGAGGCGAUUUUCAUCCUGAGGUUCAAGCUUUCUAUAACGGGAUAGUCUUCGGUGGGCUUCCCACCUUGUUCUGGGCAAAUUGGCAAAUGUGGAAGAUCGAUCAGUCAAGUAACGAGGUUUAUACUGAGAGGUCUAUGGAGAUUGAAAAGAUCCUGAAGGAGCUCAGCUAAUGAUUGGUUUGGCGCUUACAAUGAUGUAUGACGCUAGCCUUGGGAUGUCAAGUAACGAGGUUUAUACUGAGAGGUCUAUGGAGAUUGAAAAGAUCCUGAAGGAGCUCAGCUAAUGAUUGGUUUGGCGCUUACAAUGAUGUAUGACGCUAGCCUUGGGAUGUCAAGUAACGAGGUUUAUACUGAGAGGUCUAUGGAGAUUGAAAAGAUCCUGAAGGAGCUCAGCUAAUGAUUGGUUUGGCGCUUACAAUGAUGUAUGACGCUAGCCUUGGGAUGUCAAGUAACGAGGUUUAUACUGAGAGGUCUAUGGAGAUUGAAAAGAUCCUGAAGGAGCUCAGCUAAUGAUUGGUUUGGCGCUUACAAUGAUGUAUGACGCUAGCCUUGGGAUGUAGGUGUUUGUUAAUUGUUUUUAUGCAUACUUGGUUGUGGUCAUUACGGAGAUGCUUACUCUAAUUUAUAUACCUAUCCUCUCGCAUCAUA